AUGUUUAGUUCUCCAAGACGAUGGAUUAUUAUCGUCUCUCCAUUUCUUACCCUUACCUUGCUAUACUGUCUCCUACUCACCCCUAAAACGGAUGUCAUUUUGGAUGCCCAUACCCCUCAACCAUGGUUACAAUCUGAUCGUAGCUAUAUCGUUAUCGAAGGGACACAGCAGCCACAAUCCGAUAACCACCCUCCUGAAAUUAUGGAUGAGGAGACUCAGUGUGGGCACUUGACCAAGGAUCUGAACGACGUUUUUGUCAUUCUCAAGACCGGUGCUACGGAAGCUCUGCAAAAAGUUCCCACACAAUUACGUACUGGUCUCCAGUGUGUUCCGCAUUAUGCCGUCUUCUCCGAUUACGAGGAGAUCAUUAACGGCGUCCGUACCUAUGACGUCUUGAACAAUAUCACCCAGUCGGUGAUGGAUAAAGAGCCGGAAUUUGAAUAUUACCGCCAAUUGCAGAAAGAAGGUCGCCAGGGGCUGACCGCUCAGGAUUGGGGUGAUGAUACCAACGGUCCCUUCGGCAAAGAUAAAAACCCCGGAUGGAAGUUGGACAAGUGGAAGUUCUUACCUAUGGUCGACGAGGCGUUAGAGCUCAUGCCGGACGCUAAAUGGUACGUCUUCAUCGAGGCCGAUACCUAUAUUGUGUGGCAGAACUUGGUCAACUGGUUGGCGCAUUUGGACCACACCCAGCCUUUUUACCUCGGUAGCCCGAUGCAAAUUGGGGAAGUUCUCUUUGGAUAUGGUGGGGCAGGAGUGAUCCUCUCCCAUGAGACAGUUUCUCGUUUGAGUCAGCACCGCUCUAAGUUUCAGGAGAAGCUGGAAAAGAUAACGGCGAGCGAAUGGGCCGGGGACUGCGUUCUGGCGCGGGCUUUGGAGGAGACCAAAAUCCCCUUGACCUGGGCUUGGCCCAUGAUGAUGACUUCUCGGCCAUGGCAGGUUGAUCAUUUCUCAGAAGCUUACGGUCAUCAACCCUGGUGUUUUCCAGUCAUCUCCUACCACCACAUGAGUCCUCGGGAUAUCGAGGAGUUCUGGCGCUUUGACCGACAGUGGUUCAAGAGUGGCAAGAAUGCUCUCAUGCUCCACGCGGAUGUCUACCGGGAGUUCAUCCACAACGGCAGUCUCGCCUAUCGAGACUACUGGGACAACCUGUCAGGAGCCGAUAUUAUCUUCGAUUCCCCCACGACACCGUCUGUUGACUCCUGUGCCGAUGCCUGUGAACAGAAUAGUGAAUGCCUGCAGUAUGCCUAUAAUCAUGAUGAGGGAAGCUGUAAGCAUGCUUCUACUACCUUCGCUGGUAUAACCAGCAACAAUACAUCCUCCGGUUGGAUCACCCAUCGUGUCCAGCGGCUUCUGAGAACUUUCCAAUCCUCCUGUGAUCAGGUGGAAUACAUUCUUUAA